AUGCGCGUGUUUUGGAUCUUCGCCUUACUCUCGCUAGUAUACGCCCAUUCCCCUCCCAGCCGGCUAAGCGACUCUUUCGGUCUUGCUCAGCGAGAUAAGCCACCCGUCCCGGACAAGCCUUUCCAGAAGGGCACUUUCUUCUACUAUGCAGGAUUCAACAAAACGAAAACCGACCAAGACCGUAUCAAGCUCUACGAAUCCACCUACAAAGACCUCCUAGACCUCCUGAAAACAGUGCGCGCCCAAUCGGUCCCUAACGACAUCUUCAGAAUUUGGUUCACGAGAAAUGAUGGCGACGUCGCGAAGGAGAUAUGGAAAACCAUGGAGGACUUGAUUACACCUGCCGCUGCCAGCAAGAGAGCGGACGACAAACCUACCACUCCUGUGGCCUGGAUAAUUAGGGACGACCUUUUUUUUGGUUGCGAAAAGGGGGGCGCGUAUAGUAUACCAUACGAAUGGGUCCAGGAAGAGGUGUCGCAGGGUUUGCAGGACGAUAAAAUGCCCGCCAAUCGGUGGAUGAAGAAGGAGGAUGUGAUUAUUCAUAUCUGCGACGAAGCUCUGAACAAUUUUUCGAAAAAUAAACCAACGUGCGCAGACGUGGAGAAGCGAACUACAAUGGGCUUUUCUUUGGUUGAUUUGCCGUCCACCUUGUUCCACGAGUUGAUUCACUGGCCUCUGAUCGGAAAGAAGGCACUUGCAGAGCAUGGUCUUGACCAAGAUCUCAUUGACGACGAGGAGAAAUAUAGCGCUUAUCCGGCUGCCAGACUAGCGAAAGAUAGCUGUUCAGACUUGGCCGUCCGCAAUCCGAUGAACCACCAAUACUAUGCGCUGCACCUUGAUACAAAGAACAAGUGCCAUAAGACCCUCGAGGCUCCGGUUAAGGGACCUAUAGUUCCGUAUAAGAAAUUGGAACUCGUGAAGGAGGUCGUACAUCAGCCCGUGUCGAUGGGGAAGGCAUAG